AUGUACUUGGGCGGGCUAAUUUCGGUACUUCCGAUAAAACAAAGAAGGCCUAAAAAUGAAAUUUCUGCUAAAUUACAUGAUGCUUCUUAUGCGUUUAGGGUAAGAAUACAAGAUGAUGAGAAAAUAAUAGAAGUGCCAGUAUGCUUUAAAGGGUUUUUAAGCUUGCACGGUAUUGGAAAGAAACGGAUUGAAACUAUUCAGAAAUCUUUAAAAAAUGUUGGCAAGGUAUCUAAGGACAAGCGUGGCUCUAACAUAAAAAAGCAUAAGUUACCAGAACACGUAUUGAGUCAAAUUAAAUCACAUAUUUUCAGUUUUAGGGGGCGAAACAGUCAUUAUAGCAGAUCUAAGACAAGAAAGUUGUACCUACCUGAAGACCUAAAUAUUAAGAAAAUGUAUAAUAUGUAUCUUAAAGCAAAUAAUCCUCGUGUAUCAUACGAAACCUAUCGACAUAUAUUUAAUACGAAUUUUAAUAUAAGCUUUGGUUACCCACGAAGUGAUACCUGCAGUUCAUGUGACCAGUUUUUAGUUGAACUUAAGGUUCUUCAAAGCAAGCUACGUGGUACAGAUGUAACUGACCAAAUGAAAAGAAGCAUUGAAGCAAAAAAACAUUGGAGAAUAACAUACAUAAAAGGAAGGCUGAGGUAUUUUACCAGCGAAAAAAAUUGGCCAUUAAACAAGCCAUGA